AUGGAUGAAAAUACUAGUUCUGAAGACGAGACUGAUUUUGAAAACAGUUCAAAUAUAAAACAAUGCGCAAAUAAAAAAAUAAUUGUGCUAAGUGAUAUAACUUUAGCAGGUCCUUUUGUUAGGACCAAUCACUGCAACGCUUGGAAUAAACAUUCUAGGAAAUAUAAAAGAGCGAGAGAAGAGUACCAGAAGGAUGCGAAAGAUCAAAAUGUCAAUAAAGUUACAAUAACAGUAGAUUUACAAAAGGUCGUUAUGUUGCCCAGAUACGACACUUUCAAUGAUGUUAUUUUUGUUCCAAGGUUUCUUGAUUUUAACGAAACCGUUAUGCCUUUUGGAACAGCAAAUAUUUUGAAUUCAACUGCAGUCGUAUGGCACGAGGCCCUAAUAGGGCGGAAAAAGAAAAACAUAAUAGAUACAUUUUACGCAUUUUUUCUCACCAUUCGUGAUAUUGAAAACGUUACUUUGUGGCUAGAUAACUGUUCGACACAAAACAAAAACUGGACCUUAUAUUGCUAUUUGAAACUGAAACUUUUCUAA